CCACCACGCCCACAGCCCGCCCCUGAACCGCACUCCCGCCAGAAGCAGCAGCGGCGGCAACCAUCUUAGCUGCCGCCGACCAGCCCGGGUGCCACACUGCCCUCUCUCUCCCCUCUCUCCCGCGGCGAGGGGAAAGGAGGGCGGGGAGGAGGAGGGCGGCAGAGGUACCCACUAGUGCCCACGCUUCGCCCGAGAAGCUGCCCUCCUCGUCGCCGCCGCCACUACCGAAAUGCUGUGAGCUUCAAGAUUAUUGGACAAAGUGAGCGUGUGCCUUAUAAGGGCACUUCGAGGCACAUUCUGCGGGGUGCCCCCUGCCCCGCCCCGCCCCCGCCCCUCCCCCGCCUCAGAUAUAGCGGCUCUCAUUAAAAAUAAACUGAAUCUGGCAGUUAGCGUGGCGUUACUCUUCCUCCUGCAGCCGGGUCCUCCGCAGGGCACCUCGGACGGACAGGGCGGCGCUGUGGCGAGGACUCAGCCCCCCGCGAACCGGCUGACCCCCGACACUUCCUUCCUCGCGGGGCACAGGCGGCCGAGGCAAGAUAAGAAGGGCAUGAGGCGUGAUGUGGCAACGCUGGGCGGCAGUUUGAAUUGGCGGUGAACCGGGUUGAGAUGAGGGAGGAGGAGGAGGAGGCGAGGAGGGCACUGGCACUCCCUCCCUCUCCCCUCCCAUCGUGUGAGUGCCAGGCCUGAACGUAAAGUCAGAGACUCGAUUCUAUUCUUUCAUCGCCUUCCUCUCUUCCUCCUCCUCCUUCCUUUCCUCUCCUAUCCUCCACUUGCUCCUCCUCUUCCUCCUCCUUCCUUGGUCACUGCCCGCCACCAACCUGCCCCGGCGUGACUGGCGAAGGACGCCAUGAGGAUCCUACUGAGCAAGGUUCCUCGCUCCUGGAUGGUGGACGAGAAGAAGGACGAUGGCUACACAGCGCUCCACCUGGCGGCUCUUAAUAAUCAUGUGGAGGUGGCGGAGUUGCUGGUUCAUCAGGGCCGGGCCAACAUGGAUCUGCAGAACGUGAACCUGCAGACCCCGCUCCACCUGGCGGUCGAGAGGCACCACACCCAGAUCGUAAGGCUCCUGGUGCGAGAGGGCGCGAACCUGAACCUGGCGGACAAGGACGGCGAUACACCCCUGCACGAGGCCCUGCGCCACCACACGCUCUCCCAGCUGCGCCAACUCCAGGACAUGCAGGACGUGGGCAAGUCGCCCCAGCUGCUGAUGGGUCUGGGGACUCAAGGCGUGGACAAGAAGAGUCCCGCCUCCAUUGCCUGUCUGCUGGCUGCUCACGGCGCCGACCUUAACAUCAAGAACAAGAAGGGACAGACUCCCCUUGACCUGUGUCCAGACCCCAACCUGUGCAAGGCACUCACCAAAUGUUACAAGGACAAGUCUGUUUCCGGGGACAUGGGGUCGCUGGAGGUGUGCCCCGAGGAGAGCCUGGAGGAGUGCAUGGUCUGCUCCGACACCAAGCGGGACACACUCUUCGGCCCCUGUGGUCACAUUGCCACCUGCUCCAUCUGUUCUCCCAGAGUCAAGAAGUGUCUGAUGUGCAAGGAGCCGGUCCAGUCCAGAACAAAGAUUGAGGAGUGUGUCGUGUGUUCAGACAAGCAGGCAACCGUGCUCUUCCAGCCAUGUGGUCACAUGUGUGCCUGCGACAACUGUGCCUCCCUCAUGAAGAAGUGUGUGCAGUGCCGAGGCGUCAUCGAGAAGCAGAUUCCCUUCAUUGUGUGCUGUGGGGGGCAAGCCCCAGCUUCCAUCCUGCCUGGGGUUGCCCACACCAACAACAACAGCAACAGCAGUAGCAGUGGUGGCAGCAGCGGUGCGAGUGUGGGCGCUGCUGUGGCUGCUUCCUCAGGCACCAACAACAACACCACUGCGGGUCACAUUGUGGUGUCCGGCCCAGCGGCAGCGGGCGUGGUGGUGCCCGGCCCCACCGGUCCCCUCAUGAACAAUGGCACGCGGGACAUGUCCUCAGCUGACUUGCAGAAGCUUCAGCAGCAGCUCCACGACAUAAAGGAACAGACCAUGUGCCCAGUGUGUCUUGACCGCCUGAAGAACAUGAUAUUCCUCUGUGGUCACGGCACCUGCCAGAUGUGUGGAGACCGCAUGCACGAGUGUCCAAUCUGCCGCAAGCCUGUAGAAAAGCGAAUCUUAGUGUUCUGAGCCUGAAUGUCUGUCUCGGCUGAUGCUGAGGCACAACAAUCAAAACACAUGAAAGCAGUGAACUCACUCCAGGGGUCACACUUUGGAAUGAGAUUAAAGAUUUAGUUGUUGAAUAAUUUUAACAUUGUUGAUGCAGGCAGCUUAAGUCACCAAGUACACUGCUUCACAGUUGAGGCUUCAACUGCACACAUUAUGGUGAAGUGCAGCUGCUGAUAACAUUUACUGCAAGUUAACAUUACUUAUAAUAAUUAAUGAUAGCCAGACAGACGAAGGCACCAGAACGUAAUUGUGUUAGUGGUGACACAAUGUUGAAUAUCUUUGGAAUUAAAUUGUGUAUCCUUAAAGGUUUUAUCCUACAUUAGCAAUUUAGGACUACAAGCAACAGGUAAUUCCUGCUGAAAUUGACAAACGAUGCAUUGCACAACAAUGUGCUAUAUAUAUAAAAGAUUUCUGAAUACCAUCACUUUGUGAUCUGAUUAUGUAUUCAAGAAAUGACUCUUUGCAGCUUUAUGAAUACAAUCACUUUGUGAUCUGAUAUGUAUCUAAGAAAUGACUCUUUGCAGCUUUACAUGCCCAGAUCUUUUUUCAUUUGACUGGUCAUUACUGUAAAAGUAUUUUAUAAUGAGGCUUCACUCCUGCUGGAGAAUGAUAACUUUCCAUGAUUCAGUAUUGAGCCAAGCUGUUGAGUGGCUGGCAUACAUCCCUUCCUCCUCCACAUAAUAUAAAUUUAAGUUCACAACUUACUCUACUUCCCACUACCCAUGCCAAAUUACAUUCUAUCAUGGUUUAAGCAAGUCAGGACCCUAGAAAUACUAGAUGUACAUAAGAAGAUAUUUACUCACAUUCAUCACCCCUGGGAUGUUGUAACUAGUGACACUUUCCACAGGUGUGUAUCAUACACAGCCAGUAGGUGACGGUGUGGCUAAGGGAAUGGGAUUAGAGUAGACAAUUAACCGCUGCAACAACAGUAUUGCCCAGAGUGUGUAUUUGCUAAUAAUGUGUCAUUUGGGAGUAGUUUUCCCUGCCCGUCAGCAGGGCUUAGCGCAUGCCUUUCAAAACUAGUGUCAAGAUUCAUGCUAGAAUAAUGUUUAACACUGGAAGAAGUAAGUUUUUACUCUUGUACCAUUACAUUCCUUUACUAGUUAUAUUUGAUUUUGGUAAAAAUAGUGACAGGCAGUCUUUAAAGGCACAUCCAAAUGACACUUUUUAAUGUUUUCUAAAACAAUAGAUUUUUUUACUUUGUACAACAUGUUUGAUGACUGUACAGUGUUUGUGCUUAACUAACUGCUAGACAUUAGCAAGUACAAUUUAUCAGCAGUCAUGGGAGAUUUCUUAUCUAUUUUUUAUUGUGUGAGAAAGUGUGUAUAUGCAUGCACACAUGACCCAAAUACCAGUACAUUAUUAUUUAUGAGCGCUAUCUGAUCACUGCCGUCUAAACUGAUGUAACUCCACACAACCUUAGUUUAUUUGCUUUCCUUCUGGUUCAACCAACAGUUUAGAAAAGCAAACAUUCCAGUAAACAUGAAAUGAGAUUUUUAUUCUCAAAUAUCGUGUAAGGAAGACAUCUGUCGAGUCCAUCUUUCGAAGUUGGUGAAUGACAGAUUAUAAAAAAAAAUGAACACACAGGAUAAAAAAUCAAGAUUGACCUCAAACAAAGAUGGAAGAUGAUAGGGGAAUCUCAAGUAAUGGUUGUUGAAGUGGUGAGAAGAACUUUCCAAUGAUAUAGUGAUCUUAGAGGUGAAUCAAAUAAAGGGAAAGUUGUUUUCUACCUAGCAUUCAACAUUUAAUACUCGCACAGAAUCCAUACUGUUUUGCAUGUUUGUGUCUUGCAUGGAUCUUCAAGGCUGUGUGUUUCUUUCAAUCUUGAAUACACAACAAUGCUUCUGAGCCCAAAGAUGUUCCUGACUUAUAUAUACCGAAGUUUUAUAAUGGGACUGUCAGCUUUGACCCACAGCAUGAUUGGUCUCUGCUUUACUUUCAACUAUUAAAUUAUAUACAGCAGUGCAAGACUGACAGGAGUGCAGUCAUCACAAUAAUGUGUUAUAAUUUACAACAAGCAUGUCUAUCACUGAUACAACUGCCUAAUUAAGGUAAAUUCUUUCACUACCUACUCAUGCACAGACCUUAUUGCACAUAUUAUAAAAGGGAACAUGAACUUACUUAGAUGAUGAUGACCAUGCUGUUAGAAUGUUUGAAUAGAUGAGACAAACUGCAAGAAAAAUUUUCAUUAGCUUUAUCUUGUCCUUACAAGACAUGAAUAUUUAUCAGCUUUAACAGCAAACAUUAUGGUGAAUGUUAAGUAACAUGAAGAAAAUACAUUCAUUACAGGUAUAAACAUUUUUUAUAAAUCACUUUUAAAUUAUCCCCUCAGCAAUUUUCUGCCCUAAGGUGAUAUGUUACAUGCAUCAUAAAUGGCAGCAGCUCCAGCACAUCUGUUGACGAGGCUGCUGGUUAUUUGGUGUUCAGCUGCAAUGAUUUUAGGAAACAGGAAGAACCUAAUUCUUGACCUUAUGCACUUCCAGACCAACAGCUUGAUGCUUGUGUGUCAGUCCUCAGUGCCAGCUUGUGUAAUGAGGGGGAAGUCAGAAUGUCUGAACAGGCUACAAACAAAUUCUUGUUGUCUUAUUUAAAUAUUCAUCAUUAUAUUAUCUGGUCAUUUUAAUUGAUUUUUAUAUGGGGUCUGACUAUUCAUAUCAUGCUUGAUUAAAUGCAGUUUACUUCAGUGAAGGUCACUAUUUAGCAUAAAUUAAAAUGACCUGAUUGCUUUUUAUCCAUCCUAUGAAUGUAUUUAUAUAAGCCAUGUAUGUGCCUCAAUGUAUGAUAGCUAAGCACAGUUGUACAGUACUUUGUGCUUGUGGCAGCAGGAAUACAGGGGAAUCAAAGGAAUGACUAUUACCUAAUUUGACAAAUUAACUUUUUAUUUCUAAAAUGUUGUUUUAAACCUAUGCUUUCAAAUGAACCCCCAGCGUGCUAAUAAACAUAAUUGAAAUGA